AAUACUAUUCAUUUUUUCGUUUUUGAUUUUAUUUUGAUGUUUUAGUGGUUCCCGGAUUUUGCGACAGUUUUGCGACAUAGUUUACGGCAGUUUUUGACAGGCGAGCGCGUAAUUUGUAAACAGAGCUAACAGUCCCACUCACAGAGGUCGAUGUUGCUUCUUAUUAGGUUUUUAUUAAGUAUUUAAUUAAUAGAUUGGGAUUCUUUUUCUUAUUUUUUGUUUGUUUAAUUACCCUGAAGUAAAGUUAAUAAUCAAUGGACUACUUUUUACCUUCUACUUUUUAAGUUCUUCAGUUAGCUCCGUUAGCUAACAUGCUAACCCGGUGGAGGGACAGCAGCAGGGAGGCAGCCCGGAGGACCGGCCGCUUCAUGUGAGAGCUGCCCGGCAUGCUGGUUCACUUCCUCGGGAGAUCAGUGCUUCGAUCGGGACUACAGCGGCUCCGGGUCCAGCGGAGGUGUUUCUGUGCGGCGCAGGGGGAGCGGUGUCCGGACACGCAGGCGGACAUGAUCCGGGGCCGGGCUCAGAUCAGGCGGGUCCUCUGCGUGGCCGAGAAAAACGACGCGGCCAAAGGCAUCUCAGAGAUCAUGUCCAACGGCAGGUCCAGGAGGAGGGAGGGGAUGUCAAAGUUUAAUAAAAUCUAUGAGUUUGAAUAUCAUCUCUUUGGUCAGAAUGUGACGGUAACAAUGACGUCUGUGUCAGGACAUUUACUGGGUCUGGAGUUUAAAGCACAGUUCCAGAAAUGGCACAGCUGCAACCCCGUGUUAUUAUUUGAUGUUGAGGUAGAGAAGUACUGUCCUGAUAACAUGUUACAAAUAAAGCGGACACUAGAGAAAGAGGUGAGACAGUGCCAGGCUUUAGUCAUCUGGACUGAUUGUGACAGAGAAGGAGAAAACAUCGGCUUUGAAAUCAUAGACAUCUGCAAAGCAGUGAAGCCAAAUAUACAAGUCUUCCGGGCAAAGUUUUCUGAGAUCACCGCCAACUCCAUUAGAAGAGCUUGUGAGACUCUAACGGAGCCAGACGCUAACAUCAGCGAUGCCGUCGAUGUCCGUCAGGAGCUGGACCUGCGGAUAGGUGCGUCCUUCACUCGAUUCCAGACGCUUCGCCUGCAGAAGAUCUUUCCAGAGUCUCUGGCCAAUCAGCUGAUCUCCUACGGCAGCUGUCAGUUUCCCACUCUGGGCUUCGUGGUCGAGCGUUUCAAAGCCAUCCAGGCUUUCAUACCCGAGACUUUCUACAAGAUCAAAGUGCUGCACGAGGUGGAGGAGGACACCGUGGAGUUCAGCUGGAAAAGAAACCGUCUUUUCAACCACACGGCUUGCCUGGUGCUCUACCAGAUCUGCAUGGAGGAUCCCAUGGCAACAGUCACCUCAGUAACCAGCAAACCCAAGAGCAAGUGGAGACCGCUGCCUUUGGACACUGUGGAACUGGAGAAACUUGCAUCUCGUAAGCUCAGAAUAAAUGCCAAAGAGACCAUGAAAACUGCAGAAAAACUCUACACCCAAGGGUAUAUCAGCUACCCCCGCACUGAGACAAACAUUUUCCCCGCAAACCUGCCUCUCGGCCCCCUGGUGGAGCAGCAGACUCAAAGCCCGGUCUGGGGGACGUUCGCUCAGAGGGUGCUCGACCAGCCCGGGGGUCCCAACCCGCGACAGGGCAAGAAAUCUGACCAAGCCCACCCCCCGAUACACCCCACCAAGUUCUCUAAUUCACUGCAGGGCAAUGAGGGACGCGUGUACGAGUUCAUUGUCCGGCACUUCCUGGCCUGCGUAUCCCAGGAUGCUGUGGGGCAGGAGACCGUGGUGGACAUAGACAUCGCCAAGGAGAACUUCUCCACCUCGGGACUCAUGAUCAUCGCAAGGAACUACUUGGACGUUUACCCGUAUGACAAGUGGAACACCAAGGUGAUUCCAGUGUAUGAACAAGGCUCCCAGUUUCAGCCUUCUGCUAUCGAGAUGGUGGACGGAGAGACGAGUCCUCCGCAGCUGCUCACUGAAGCCGACCUCAUAUCUUUGAUGGAGAAGCACGGCAUCGGCACAGAUGCAACCCAUGCAGAGCACAUCGAAACCAUAAAGAGUCGCAUGUACGUGGGUUUGACAGCGGAACAGAGGUUUCUGCCCGGAGAGCUCGGCAUGGGACUGGUGGAGGGUACACACACACACACACGCACACACACACGCACGCACGCACGCACGCACGCACGCACAAGGUUUUUAUACAAAGGAAUGUGUUGGCUCCUUUAUGUUGUUGCUUCUGUCACUCACUUAUCAAACGUGUGUGUUUGUUUAGGUUACAACUCCAUGGGCUACGAGAUGUCAAAACCAAACCUGCGUGCUGAAUUGGAGGCGGAUCUCAAGCUGGUAUCAGAGGGCAGGAAGGACAAACAGAGCGUGUUGCGGCACCACAUCCAGAAAUACAAAACUGUCUUCAUGGAGUCUGUUAAGAAGGCGAAAAAGUUGGAUGAAGCCCUGUCGUCCUAUCUGGGUGCAGCUCUGGAGCUCCCUGAAGCAGAGCAGCAGGACAUGGAGAUCCUGCUGCCGGUCAGAAAGUGUCCUCACUGUGGGCGGGACAUGGUGCUGAAGAAGAAGAGAGAAGGAAACAAUAAGUACCUGUCCUGCACGGGCUACCCAGCCUGUAAGACGGUGGUGUGGUUCCCCGACGUGGUGCUGGAGGUCAGCAGAGACGACAGCAUUUGUCCCACCUGUCACCCGCGCCCUGUUCACAUGUUGAAGUUCAAGUUCCGCAGGGGCAGCAUCCCUCCCAUGAUGCCUUUAGAGUUUGUUGGCUGCAUCGGUGGGUGUGAUGAGACGCUCAGAGAGGUGCUGGACCUGAAGUACCUCCGAGCAGGGGGAGGCGGAGGAGGUGGGAACGGUGGAGGAGGUGGGAACGGUGGAGGAGGUGGGAACGGUAGAGGAGGUGGGAACGGCAGAGGAGGGGGAGGAAGAGGAGAUGAUCUUCAUCCACCAGCUCCAUGGGCGCCGAGACCAGAGCCGCCCAGACCUCGACCUUCCCUUCCUCCUGUUCCCUCCUGGACUCCGCAGCCGCAACCUCCAGCAGGUGGCGGCGCUGCAGACACCAUCGGUGAUGUCAUUGUGUGUAACUGUGAUCAGGAAGCGCUCCUUCUAACGGUGCGCAAAGACGGCCCCAACCAAGGUCGCCAGUUCUACAAGUGCAACGGCGGGAACUGCAACUUUUUCCUGUGGGCGGACGAGCCCAGUCAGCAGGGGGCGCCACAGAGUCGAGGGCCUCCGCUGCAAGCACCCCCGAGGCCCUCUCUGGGGUUCAGGAACACCCCUGGAGGGCAGGAGGGAGGUUCGAGAGGACCAGCAGGACAGACGAUGUGUAACUGUAACGAACCGGCGGUGACGCGCACCGUGCAGAAGGACGGACCAAACAAGGGCCGCAUGUUCCACACCUGCGGGAAACCACGAGGCCAGCAGUGUGGCUUCUUCCAGUGGGCUGAUGAGAACGAACCUCCACCAGUGCCAGGUGGGUUUGGUGGUGGAUUUAAUGGAGGUGGAAACGGAGGCAAGAAGGCAAGGAAGAUCACGGGAGACGCAAACAAACCUCCAGCUGCUAAGAAAACGCGUACCUGCGGCAUCUGCCACGUGCCGGGACACACCCGAGUCACCUGUCCCCAACGGUGACCGCUGCCUAAAGACACUGUGAAGCAACUGAAGUCAAAGACUUCAAAGUGUGAAGAUUUUAGUUUUCAGCCCAGACUGUAAGUACCUCCUCACAGGGGGUGGACCUCUUCUUCUGGUUCAUCAGAAUUGAACCAGCACUGUGUGUCUUCCCUGUAACGUUUUACUUUGAUCACAAGACCAGAGUCACGUAAAUGACUAAGGAAGUCAGAACUUGUAUUUCCAAGUCCCAGUUGCGCAGCACAGUGACAAGUCUAGCUUUUUAUGCACAGAAGUUGCGCUAUAGAGCCACUACAGUCCCUUCUUUGCGUUACUUUUGCAUUUUUACACAACUGAAGCAUCAUCCUGCUCCAGAGUAUGAUUUUAGACAGCAUGCCAGCAUCGCAGAGACAAAAGACACAUGAUGGAUGUGACACUGAUCAAAACCUCUUCUGCCUCGAGUGUGACAUAAAAGACAGCGUGGGCAGCGCUUUCUAAACUAUGACGAUAGGAGAACAUGUCAAUAACAAUCACCUACAUACCUAUUCUGUGGCGGCUGAUCUCAUCCUCUGCUCGGAGGGUAAGACGCUUCCAAAAUCUGUUCCAGUGAAACCAGUAUACCGCUGACACUUUAUUUGGCCCUUUACUGCCUCUGCUGCCGGCUUAAAUCUGAGUUAACUGUGAUCUUCUGUUUUGUGAUCAUAUGUUUUUUACAGAACGCUGAGGCGACAUAACGGCACCAUAUUCCUGCCUUAAACAGGAAGUGUGAAAGAGGCUUUUGUUAUAAAUAAAAGGGGAAAUGCCAAAGACAUUUUGUGUCUCAGGUCAACAGAAACGAAAGCUCUUCUUUGUUUUCACUCAGAUCUAAUUUCUCAGUAUUCCUCAGAUCUUCAGUGUGCUUGUUUAAGAUGAAUGCCUCUUUUUUUGGCCCCUGAGAGGAAAUUUAAGGGUCAUUUGGGGGUCAGUGUAUUUCCCAAAAUGUCCAACUUUUUCUAUAACAUUCUGAGCAACAUUCAUAAACAAACCCACGCUCUACGCCUUAAACUCUUUCUGGACGAAAUUUUAAAAAAAGAAAAGUUAAACCGCUUAAAAUAUCGAGGAUAACCCAAAGAUGACAGUUGUUGGGAAAUUCACCUUUCUGGUCUUGGAUCAGUUUAACGUCUCGUUUAUUGUUUAUCUGCAUUUACAAUCCUGACAGUUUUACUGGGAUUAGUUUGAUGCGAAUGUCUUUAAUGAAUAAAUAUGAAUUUUAAAUAAAACAUAUUUGCACACUG